ACGGGUGUCGGCGUGAACGUCGCUGAGCUGUGAAUGGACAUUAACAGGGAAUGUAAUGUCGCUCGCCCACUGCCUGGUUUCUUCAGCCAUUUAAUCUCUGCAACGGAAGCCGGGUGUUGAUGAGUGACAGAGGUGAUGUGAUGGCAGAGCUAGCAGGCAGGACAGAACCGAGCCGACGGUCUGCUGCACACUGAACCAGCUGGAUGCAACACGUUAGAGCCUAGACAGGUAGGAGUGGACAAGAAUGGAUUUCCCCAAUUGCACUGAAGGGGUGUUUGCCACAAGCUGCAGUGGUAAUGACUCACUGGAGACCACUAAACUCCCUCCCAGUAAGAUCCCGCUCACAAUGACCCUGUCUGUACUGGCUAUCCUGACUACAUUCUUCAACUGCCUGGUGAUCACAGCUAUCGCAGUCACGCGCAAGUUGCACCACCCGGCCAACUACCUCAUCUGCUCAUUAGCAGUGACUGACCUGCUGGUGGCUGUGCUGGUCAUGCCCUUCAGUAUUAUGUACAUCCAGAAAGAAACCUGGCUCAUGGGCCAGGUGGUGUGUACCAUCUGGUUGAGUGUGGAUAUCACCUGUUGCACAUGCUCCAUCCUGCACCUUGCUGCAAUCGCCAUCGACCGUUACAGAGCCAUUACUGAUGCAGUGGAGUACUCUCGCAAACGCACAGGGGCCAGGGCUGGGGCGAUGGUGGCAGUGGUGUGGCUCUUGUCCAUCCUCAUCUCACUUCCUCCUCUAAUCUGGCGGCACUACAGUGGGGAUUCAGAGCAGGAAGACCAGUGCAUCAUGAUGCACCAUCACAUAACCUUCACCUUGUACUCCACACUUGGAGCGUUCUACAUCCCCCUGAUGCUCAUCCUCAUCCUCUACUACAAAAUCUACCGUGCUGCUCAGACCCUGUAUAUGCGCAGGGAAGCCAGCCGGGCAAGCCGUCACUCAUGUAUGACCAAUGGGAGCAUGAUCCCGUCAUCCUACCCUGCUGGAGAAGGCGCCGACGAUGGUGGACCUCGAAGUCCGGAGCCAAUAAGUCCACCAGAAAAGUCUUUCUCUGAACCCUCAACUGAGGAACCGCCACGUGAACGGGUGCGUGCAUCGGUAAAGGUUUUCCAGUGCAAGUCGCGCCGGAACGAGUCACGUAGUGAGUCACGGAGUGAGUCACGGAGUGAAUCACGUAGGAGUCAGUUUUACCAAGGACCACGGAUCUCGGGCUCACGGGAGCGCAAAGCGGCAUCAAUGUUGGGGUUAAUAAUAGGGGCCUUUGUCAUCUGUUGGUUGCCAUUUUUUGUCAAGGAAGUGAUUGUCAACACCUGCGGUUCUUGCAGUACUUCGAUGGAGAUGGCUGACUUUCUGACAUGGUUGGGCUACCUAAACUCGCUGAUCAACCCCCUCAUCUACACCAUCUUUAAUGAAGACUUCAAAAAAGCUUUCCAAAGACUCGUUAGGUGCAGUAAUUACCUCUGAUGGAUCAAUUACGCACAAUCAUAACCCAUACUUUACAACACGUGUAACCAGGAGGGGACAAACUAAAGACUGGGGGUAACUGACUGAAUGCUGACUGAAUGUGCCUGAGAGACAAUAAUGAUUGACAACCAUUUCCAGAUGCUCCACCAGGAACUCCAACAGCCUAAAUAGCAGGAGCAGAGCAACGAGCUUUGCAGCAAAGUUCCACUUUGAAAUCCAAGUCCUGCUAUUAAUAGAACAGCCUGAGAUUCCCUUGAUGUUAAUUGGUGCGUUUGAAAGGACACUGACAUAUUGGUUUUUAGAAAAUGGGCCAUUGCUGACCUUUUUGAGGCCUGGGUUCUGAACAUUACUGAUCAACCCCAUUAAAGGGCCUUGAAAUAGCUGACCAUUAAGGAUUUUCCAUCUAAUGACCUCCCUUUUAUCUAGUCCAAGCUGCUGGCUAACAUGUGUACAAUUCCACAGCAUACCAAGUUGUGAUUUCCUGUGGCCAUGGCGUUAUAGAGGGUGACUUUUAUCUGACUGACUGUCGCAGUGAUUGUGAACAGAAAUUGUUGUUGAAUGUGAUAUGUAUUGAGCGAAACCCUCCAACAAAUAUGAGUUAUAUAUUUGUAGAUUGUUAAAGCUUUCUGUCAGGUAAUGGCAACGAUACUGUCUUAAUCCAUUUGACAAUCUGAAAGCGCAAAGUUAUUGACUGCCUUUCAACAUAAUUUAUCAUGUUUUAAAUGUUUAGGAUUAACAGCUAAGAAUGCCUUCAAUGUGAAUAAAAUGCUUUAUGAUCUUGGACCAAAUCAUACCAUUAAUAACGCAUUCUGAAUUAUAAAAGAAAGAAUACUUGGGGCCAAUAUAACAAUGGAACCUGUCUCAACUUUCAGUACAACAGAUUCAUUUUUGGAGAGGGCUUAUUGGGGUUACAUGUUCCAUAAGACACUGCCACUGUAAUUGAUGUUUUACACAACCUUUAUGUUAGUUUAAGUUAUUUCUUGGGAUAUUUGUUCAUAUGUCCUGGAGCCAUUAAACACCCCACCCCAUCUGACUCCCACGCCAUAGCCACCAUUAGGUCAAUGAAUUAAAGAACCACCAGUGCAGAAAUCCUCAUUGCAUGAAUCCCACUCAAGUACUUGGAAUAGAACUACUAUUUCUUUACUGCCUCCAAGAGGGUGCACGAUAUGUUGAUGGAAAUAUUGUGGAUGAGUCAUGUGUGAGGGUGUACUGUAUGCCAGAGCGAUAAAGUGUGUCAUACAUGCACAUACUGUACAUCUGACAAUAUUAACAGUAUUUGUAUACUGUUUCUGUCUUUGUCUCUCACUGUUUCAAUAAUCAAUAAUAAACAGCCCACAUAUGAAUGAUGUUCUUCUCUGAGUUACUGAUCAUUUCCCUGAGUGAAGGUUUGGUACGUGAGUGCUAUGAGUAGUGUGUGUAUGGAGAGAUUGAUAGCAGUUAUAACAUGCAUGAUAACUCACUGAUAAGCUGUAUGUGUAAAUGAACAUUAAUAGGAUAUACUGCAACCCCACAUUUCAGUCUGCCGACUGUUAAAUAUUUAAAGAUAUUUUCCAUAUUCUGAUAUGAUGACGCCCCCUUGUGGCUGUCAGAAAGACUGCGGACUUCCCAGUUGGCUGUGAUGAACUGCAUCACUGUCUUUCACAGCUUCAACCUAUGGCUUCAACACAGACAUUCAUGGAUCUGGAAAUAUGGAAUCGUUUAUUUGGCCUCAUUAAUUAAAUAAAUAAAAGUAAUGAAAAAAAUCUGCAUUCAUGUGUCACAGAAAAAAAUAUUCUAAAAGAGGACAUACAAUCAGAAACUAAAUGCCUGAAUUCACUUUAGCCCAUAUGGGUUUACCCAGCAAUUCCCAUCAAAGCCUCUUCUUUUACCUCUAUCUUAUCAACCUUGUAACCAUCAUGUCCGAAUGCUGUUGUCUAUUUUGAAAAUGAGGGAAGAAAAUGAUCCCUCCUUCAUCAAGGCACCACGUUCUGGAAAAGCUUACAACCAGUGUGCGUCACGAGCAACAACGACGAAAACAGGCUUCCCGUUCUUGUGUAUUGCACUGUGUUCACUGGAACAUGUGAAUUACUACUUUCAGCACAAGUCAGCGCAUUCUCUCUUUCUCCUGUAAGGCAAAUUACACUACAAUACAUUACAUGUACUGUAGUGUAAUGUUAUAGGUAUUUGAGGCAAUGCUCUUUUCUGAUGUUUUGUUACCAGUAAUAUUUUAAUUGACAUACAUUUUAGAGACAUUUAAAAAAAUGACUCAUUAGAGAGAGCUUUGAAAACCCUCUUUCACAGAAGAUCAAUAUGCAAAAGUCAAACUUUCCUCUCUAUAUAGUUUGUUCAAGUUUUGCCAAAUUUGCUGUACACCUUUCACUUGAACGUGUAAUUGACUAACUAUUUAUUUUUAAAAGUUAGCAAAAUGUUA